GGGAAAGCUGAUCUUCCAUCACGCUAACCCGUUAAAUUAGCAUCAAUUCGCUGUCAUGCGUCAACGAAUAUCGUAAUUACUUCCCCGGGGUGGAGGAAAGAGACUUAUGUCACUGUUUACGCGACGAUCACCACGUGAGUGAACACGUGCACGCGUACGCACGCGCAUCCAAUUCCUCCUACGCAAGUGUAUGCGUGUGCGCACGAGGAUGGCGAUGGAUCGGACGAUGUACGGCAAGGUGGAGCCGGGCGAUACUUAUCAGCCCUACAGGAUCACCAUGAAGAAGGGCUCGCCUCCUGGAUAUGCGUUGCUGGCGGACCUACAGAAUACCGUGUCAUCGGAAGGAAAUCACGUCGGCGGAGGUAAUGCGACACCCGGUUAUGGAUCGCUGAAUGGUGCGCGCGUUCACACGACCACUGCGUACAGAUCUUAUGACAAUCGCACAUCACCACUGCCAUCGCAAUCGCCGACUUAUCAGAAUCGCGAGGCGAUAGAAGAAACCAUGGGUAAAACCGGAAGUACAUCUUACACCCAAACCAGUACCGGGAGCAAGAUGCCUUCCCUCAAUAACAAUCUUUCCGAGUUGGACACCCUCCUGCAAGACUUGAGCAACGCGCACUAUAAUACCCACUAUCAAGAAAGAGACAGCCGCGCGUCUGCAGGAGUGAACGGGGGUGCGACUAGCCCCAUGCUUCGUUCUCCAAGUAGCAUGUCAGCCUCUCGACCCACCGUCGACUCGUUGCUUGAGGAACUAAGCACCGCAGUGCCUAACGGAGACUAUCCCGCCGAUGGAAAGGUGAGAGUCACCAUACAAGAAACGUCCACGGAGAUACAGCCGGUCUACGACGGCUAUCCCUCCAGUCAGCAUGGCUCGUUGAAUCGAACCGAGGUUCACAGGAGUUACCCUAACGGUCAUACCGCGAGUAACGCUACCAAGGAGCUGGACGACCUAAUGGCUUCGCUUUCCGAAUUUAAGAUCAAUAGCGGUACUCAUCAACAUCAGACGGUGACCGACUCUCCAUACGCGAAGCCAAACAAAGCUACCAAGAGUUCACAGAGCCCUUUGCCCAACGAGGGCACGCAGACCCGCGUUCACAUUACCGAGACUCACACGACUCACCUCUACCAUCCAGGAGAGAGCCAACCUUUGAAGCAGAAUCAGUUGGAUUCUAUGCUCGGCAAUCUUCAGGCCGACAUGAGCCGCCAAGGUGUCAACACAACCCAGAAAGGAUGCUGCAGCGCCUGCGAAAAGCCUAUCGUGGGCCAGGUGAUAACGGCAUUGGGCAAGACGUGGCAUCCAGAACAUUUCACAUGUACUCACUGCAACCAGGAGUUGGGUACACGGAACUUCUUCGAGAGGGAGGGUCAUCCUUACUGCGAAACGGACUAUCAUAACUUGUUCUCUCCUCGUUGCGCUUACUGCAACGGGCCCAUUAGAAAAUGUGUGACCGCCCUGGAGAAGACUUGGCAUACCGAGCACUUCUUUUGCGCUCAGUGCGGCAAGCAGUUCGGAGAGGAGGGUUUCCACGAGCGGGAUGGCAAGCCCUAUUGCCGCGAGGACUAUUUCGACAUGUUCGCACCCAAGUGCGGUGGUUGCAAUCGUGCUAUCAUGGAAAAUUAUAUAUCUGCGCUUAAUAGUCAGUGGCAUCCGGACUGCUUCGUUUGCAGGGAUUGCAGACAGAAGUUUCAGGGCGGAUCCUUCUUCGAUCAUGAAGGAUUGCCAUAUUGCGAGACACAUUAUCAUGCCAAGAGAGGAUCCUUAUGUGCAGGAUGCCACAAGCCCAUUACCGGUCGUUGCAUAACGGCGAUGUUCCGCAAAUUCCAUCCCGAGCACUUUGUAUGUGCAUUUUGUUUGAAACAAUUAAACAAGGGCACAUUCAAGGAGCAAAACGACAAACCUUACUGCCAUGGCUGCUUUGAGAAACUCUUUGGAUAAAUAAUCUUUUUCGAAAUUUUUUGUAACGUAACGAAACGAGAGACUAUUUCUCUCGACAACAUUUUAUUACUCUUGACGAAAUACGUACAUAGUAUAAAUAUUUACUUGCUUUGAUUGUCUAUAUGCGAGAACUCACAUUGCCUAAAGUAGCCUUAUAGAAAAAAAAAAUUUCCAUUUUCUUAAAUAAAUAUUGACUAACGAAUGGUGUAUGCAAAAGGACAUGAAUAGAAUUUGGAUUAAGAGAUUAAAUGAUCUGUUAUUUCAUCUUGAUCGCUGAUUCAUGAAAUUGAGAUCAAUUUUAUACAAUUUUUUUUUUAGGGAAAUUAAAUGAGAUUAUAAGAGAUAAAGUCAUUAUAUAUGAAUGAACAAUAUAUACAAUUCCAAUCUCGAUUAAUACCGAGAAAAUUUCAAUAAAAAGUUACGAAAUAUACUGUCAAAAUAUUUAAUGCUAAAAAGUUGUAAUAGAUCUCUCUCUAUUAAAUUUCCACUAAAGAAAAUUUUUCGAAAAUUGAUAGAUGCGUCAGAAUAUUCUGAUUUUCAUGCAAUGUUCUUUUUUUUAAUUUCAUCUAAUUUUGUGUAAAUCACACGCGUUUCUCAAACUGUUUAUUUCGAGUUUGUCAUGCCGUUUAAGGAUUAACGAAAAGGGUGCUAUAUAUAUAUAUAAUAGUUUAUCAUUAUUAAUAAUUUGUCGAUAAUAUCUAGUAAUAUUUGUACAACCGUAUCUUUGCCACCAAAUAUCUCCCUGAUGAAAGCUCUUCCCGUACGCAUUAAAAAUAUUUCGUAUAUUUAUAAAGUAUUUAAAUAGCAUUAAUAUAAUAAUCAGUUAAUAUUACCGCGUGAACAGCGCUACAUACAUAUGUCUACUUAUAUCGAAUUGUAUAUUGUCAUAUAAAACAAUCGAGAAAAUUACGAAAAAUAAAUAGAACGAAUUCGUGUCAUCAGGUACAAACGACGCAAUUUAGCGCAGAGUUGGAAAAUAAAAACUAUGUUAUUAG